AGUCUCUUUGCAUAUUUCACUCUUCGGCUGUCGUUCUCCUAGCGAAGUAGCUUUGCAAACGGUCUGUCGCUUCACAGAUAUCCUCCAGUUCUUGUCACGUUCUUAAAUAACAAAUUUUCAACAUGGAAGCCGUAAAGAAAAAGAUGAAUAACCUCAAGCAGACGCUUGAAGAAGCAGAAGAGAAGGCGUCGAAGGCAGAAAGCGAAUUACAAGAGGCAAACGAACGAGCAGACAAGGCUGAAGGAGAAGUCGAGGAGCUCACCAAAAAACUGGAAGAGCUAGAGGAUGAAUUAGACUCAGCCGAAUCGACUCUGGCCGAGGUGAACUCGAAGUUGUACCAAGCAGAAACAACGGCAGACGAAAGUGAACGUGCAAGGAAAGUUUUGGAGACUCGUGGUCAGUCAGAUGACGAGAGGUUGGCACAACUCCAAGAACAAUUGAAGAGAGAUCAAGAUCUUGCUGAAGAGUCACAGAAGAAGUAUGAAGAGAUUGCUGAAAGAAUUAACCAGUUAGAACAAGAACUUGACGAGAAAGAGGAACAGGCACAAGACGCUGAAGUUCGUGCUAAGGCUUUAGAGGAAGAAGUGAACUUAGUUGGAAAUAACUUAAGAAGUUUACAAAUUAGCGAAGAUCAGGCUGUCGAAAGAGAGGGUGGAUAUGAGGAGAAAAUUAGACAGUUAGAACAAGAAUAUGCUAUGGCAACAGAAAGAGCUGAAAUUGCUGAAAAGAGAGUAAAAGAAUUAGGAGAAGAAACAGAUGAACUUGAAAAUAAUUUGGAGGACGCGAAGAAGGAAUAUGAAGCAGCAAAAGCUGAGCUUGACCAAACACUACAAGAAUUGGACGAAAUGUAGAUUCCAUACCAAUGACUGUAAACUCGAUGUUGAAUUUUCAGGAAAUUUCACCAGAAUCUCCUGUAGGAAACUGUAAAGUAAUCAUUGUAGAAAAGAUAAAAUAGCUGUUCUUUUAUUAUCUUUUAUCUUCAGAUAUCAAUGUAUCCAAUCUGAUUGAUGGCAUGUCAUCAUUAUGUUGUUAAGAAUUAAAUUUUUAAAAAAUGUAAAA